AUGGCGGACGAUUUUCUAACCCAAUCCGAUCGCGAUGUGCAGCGACUCGUGGAGGACCUCGAGGACGUCAUCAGGUCGCCGCUCGAUUCUGAGUCCAGUAUGUCUGUAAAACAGGAAAACAUCUUGGAUGGCUUCGGCAGCUCAGACCAGUUCAUCAACCAAAUGCUCAGCUCGUCCACUCCGAGCGAAUUGCCGGACUUGGGCGCGGAACUGCCCGAUCUGGGAAUGGAGACGGAUUUAAAGCCAAAUAUUAACCCUUUGAAUUCGUCAGGUAGCAGUAACAAUAAUAACAAUAACAGAAAAGAUCAAAACGCCUUCUCCCCAACCUCCCACCACUCCGCCGAAACCAACCAGGGUCCAAUCUACCAAGACCAAGAAGAAUCCUACCCCUUCGCCGGAACCUGGAACAAAGUCCGCGACUUUCUCGAGUCCAACAUUCAGCUCUUCCAAGGAAUUUACGGAAGCCAGUUUCCAAUUCAAUUUGUCCAGAUUCGAUCGCAUUUUGCCGAUCCGCUUGAAAAGCAGCGCUGGCAUUUGAUUGAUCCAGACGAUUACGGUCCGCCAGAAGAAAAUAUCGCGAUGGAAAUCGUGCACAACUUGCUCAAGGCCAUGCAGCGUCGAUGCGAAGAAACGAUGGAGGUCGAUCAAAAGCUGCUUUUCUACAACUUGGGGACUUGGUUCCAGAAUGUCUACGGAAAUAACCCGAUGGAACUCGUCAGAAUGGUCAAAAAAGUCCUCUCCGUCGAACAAAUGAUCAUCCAAAACGCCUCUCAGCAGCCAAACGCGAGCUCAGAAAGCAAGGUCACUCAAGAAUCAGUCACCAAUCGCCACGCCGAAAUCACGUCUCAGUGCGAGCAAUGCAUGAAAAUCACGCAAGAAACUGAAAACCAGCUGCAAAAAGUCUGCCGGCUUCAAGAAUACAUGAUGAUUACCAGAAGCCAUUUGGAAGUCUACUCGAAACUGGCGGAAAGCGGGCAAUUGAGUCAGGAACAGAGGCAGCAGUGGCAAUCAGAAGCUGCGAAGCAUCAAGAAUAUGAAAACAACUUGGUUACGCUCAGAAAAGAAAUCAUCAAAAAUCAUGAGAAAAUCAUCAAUAUCAUGCAAGAACUACACGGACAGGUGGUGUACACAGAAACCCGAAGUCUUGAGCGAUCCCAAGCCGCUGCGUACAACGGUGCUCCUCAAUAUUCGACUCUAGAACAGCUCGAACAAUGGUAUCAGAGUCUCGCCACGAUCAUCUGGAAGAGUCUCCGCCAACUCGUCCAUCUCGAAGGGCAGCCGAUUCCCAUCAGAGAUGGUCAAAACCCCCUUCCCAACAUGAAAUCGUCCUACGUCUCGUUCCUCGGCUCCCUGGUCGAGCGAGGACUCGUCAUCGAAAAACAACCCCCUCAAGUGUUGAUGAAAGACAAACGAUUCGUUGGAACGCUGAGGCAUCUCGUUGGAGACAAAUUGGAUAUUCACAAAGUCGCUUUCCAAGUUCGAGCUCAUCUCGUUUCGGACGAAAAUGCCAGACGAAUUCUCGCUAAAGGCGAAUUCAUCGGUUCGGGCAAGAUCGUCAAUCAUACAGUCAUGACAGAGUACCACGAGCACUCUAGAAUCCUCCAAGCCAACUUCCGAAACAUGACUCUUCGCGAUAAAGGACGAGGAGAUCGUCGAGGAACAGAAUCCGUCGCUGAGGAAAAAUUUGCGAUUGUUUUCCAAGCUGAUAUUGUUGUCAGGUCACCGGCUUGCGAAUUUACAGUGACGGCGCAGACGCUUUCGCUGCCUGUUGUUGUCAUUUCUCAUGGAAAACAAGAAGCAAAUGCUGCGGCGACGAUUUUCUGGGACAAUGCGUUUUCUGAAGAUCAACGAGUUCCCUACCAAGUCCCAGAACGAGUCUCCUGGGGCCGUUUUAUGGAAGCCGUCGAUUUCAAAUGGCAAUCUGAAUGCCGCACAAAAGUUGGCCUCAAGCAGCGAGCUAGAGAUUACCUCGCUUCGAAGAUCUUUGGAAGAGCGGUGCCAGAUGGUCAGGAUUUUUGCUGGAGGCAGCUGAACAGGGACAAUAUUCCGGGGCAUAACUUUACUUUCUGGCAGUGGCUCUAUUCUGUUCUUGAAUUGACAAAGUCGCGAUACAUUCAACCUCACUGGAAUCAAACGACCAUCGAAGGCUUCAUCUCAAAAUCAGAAUGCCAGAGCCUCCUUCUUUCAAAGGGCCCUGGAACAUUUAUGCUUCGGUUCUCAGAUUCCAAGCUCGGUGGAAUUUCGACCGCGUAUGUGGCGAAAAAUGACGAUGGAAGCAUUGAAGUCAAGCAUCUUGAGCCGGAUUCCUUGAAAAUUCUACAGGUGCGAAGUCUAGCAGACAUGGUCAAGGAUUUCUCCCAACUGGUCAAGCUCUUCCCAGACCGACCGAAACACGAUGCCUUUUCGAAAUUCUACACUUCGAAGCCGGUCCAAGAUGGCCCCUACGUCAAGAAAACGCUCGUUGCUCAUAUUGAAGAAAGUUAA